ACAAACCUUUGGCUGGAGAACUUCAGAGUUCCAGUGAGACCUGCUGAAACGUUGUGUGUGGAAUAGUGUGAAGAAGUAUGUUGUGUAUCACCCAGCAUCUGUUACCUCAAAAAAAGGCUGCUGAGAGAAUGAGCCUCCCAGCCUGGUCAUUCCAGUCAGAGAGAGUGAAAGCUGCUCUUGGUCACUUCAGGUGGUCAUUUGUGGACAUCACACCCACCACUUGCCAGGCUGACCCAAGGUGUUUUGCAUCCACACCUGCCUUGCUGCAGGUUGCUUUGCAGUGUUGUCAGCUUCUCCCACACAUUCCCUAUGUGGCUUCAAAUUCUUCCAGGGAAAGCAGCCUUUAAUAGCAAGAUUCAGCAGCAGCAGCCUGUUGGUAUUGUCACUGAGAAAGUCACAAGUGACCUGCAGUCUCUUGUGCUCCUUCUUGCUGCAUUAAAAGCAUUUUACUUCCAGCUAUCUGCCUCAGACCCUCAGAUAUCCUUGCAGAGGAAUGGCCUUUAUCCAAAGGAGGAUGGAAUUAAAAAGACUAGACAGAGCAGUCCUUGAGGAUGAAAGGCAAAGAGAGAUGUGUCCUUGCUACUAGGAAUAAAUUUUGCUGAUGGCAUCCUUACACUGAGGUUAAUAAUGCUUGUGAGCCAGAGGUGAAAGUGGCUCAGCAGAACACCAUCAGGAAAUCUGGCAGACUGGAAGAGCACAGCUUGCCCCCCUGGGCAGCUGCCACGUGUGAAGCAUGGAGGAAAGUAAAAACGACAAGGUGAACCAGGCUCAUGUUCUCUUCGACAGAUUUGUCCAGGCUUCCACCUGCAAGGGGACUCUCAAGGCUUUCCAGGAGCUCUGUGACUACCUAGAACUAAAGCCCAAGGACUAUCGUUCCUUCUAUCACAAACUCAAGUCUAAGCUCAAUUACUGGAAAGCCAAAGCCUUGUGGGCCAAAUUGGAUAAAAGAGGCAGCCACAAGGACUACAAGAAAGGGAAAGCAUGCGCCAACACGAAGUGUCUGAUAAUUGGGGCUGGACCCUGUGGCCUUCGUACAGCCAUCGACCUGUCGUUCCUGGGAGCCAAGGUGGUGGUGAUAGAGAAGAGGGAUGCCUUCUCCCGCAAUAACGUGCUGCAUUUGUGGCCCUUCACCAUCCACGACCUGAGGGGCCUCGGCGCCAAAAAGUUCUACGGCAAAUUCUGUGCAGGAUCCAUAGACCACAUCAGUAUCCGUCAGCUCCAGCUCAUCCUUUUGAAGGUUGCCUUGAUCUUGGGAAUAGAGAUCCAUGUCAAUGUGGAAUUUCGGGGGCUCGUUUACCCUCCUGAGGACCAGGAAAAUGAAAGAAUAGGUUGGCGUGCAUUGGUCCACCCCAAAACCCAUCCAGUGUCUGAGUAUGAGUUUGAAGUAAUCAUUGGAGGGGAUGGCAGGAGAAACACCUUAGAAGGGUUUCGCCGGAAAGAAUUCCGCGGUAAACUUGCGAUUGCUAUCACGGCAAACUUCAUCAAUCGCAACACCACAGCUGAAGCCAAAGUAGAAGAGAUCAGCGGUGUGGCCUUCAUCUUCAACCAGAAGUUCUUCCAGGAUCUCCGAGACGCCACAGGCAUUGACUUGGAGAACAUUGUCUACUACAAAGAUGAUACACACUACUUUGUCAUGACUGCCAAAAAGCAGAGCUUGCUGGAUAAAGGAGUGAUACGGCAUGACCACGCCGACACAGAGGUCUUGCUCUCCCGGGAGAACGUGGACCAGGAGGCUUUGCUGAACUAUGCCAGGGAAGCAGCAGAUUUCUCCACUAACCAGCAGCUGCCAUCUCUGGAUUUUGCCAUCAACCACUACGGGCAGCCCGACGUGGCCAUGUUUGACUUCACGUGCAUGUACGCGUCCGAGAACGCCGCCCUGGUGCGCGAGCAGAACGGCCACCAGCUCCUCGUGGCGCUGGUCGGGGACAGCCUCCUCGAGCCAUUUUGGCCAAUGGGAACUGGAAUAGCCAGGGGAUUUUUGGCUGCCAUGGACUCUGCUUGGAUGGUACGAAGUUGGUCGCUUGGAGCUAGUCCUUUGGAAGUUCUUGCAGAGAGGGAAAGCAUUUAUAGGCUUCUGCCUCAGACCACCCCAGAGAACGUGAGUAAAAACUUCAGCCAUUACAGCAUUGAUCCUGCCACCCGAUAUCCCAAUAUCAACGUCAACUUCUUGCGGCCACAGCAGGUACGCCACUUGUAUAAUACAGGAGACUUGAAAGACAUUCACCUGGAGAUAGAGAACUUUGUGAACUCCAGGACACCAAAGCUGACUCGAAAUGAGUCUGUAGCUCGCUCUAGUAAAUUGCUCAGCUGGUGCCAGAGGCAGACUGAUGGAUAUGCUGGUGUUAAUGUGACAGAUCUCACAAUGUCAUGGAAAAGUGGCUUAGCUUUGUGUGCCAUUAUCCACAGAUACCGUCCAGACUUAAUAGACUUUGAUUCCUUGGAUGAGAACAAUGUGGAGAAGAAUAAUCAACUGGCCUUCGACAUUGCCGAGAAAGAGUUUGGAAUAUCUCCCAUUAUGACUGGAAAGGAAAUGGCAUCUGUUGGAGAGCCAGAUAAGCUGUCGAUGGUGAUGUACCUCACACAGUUCUAUGAGAUGUUCAAAGACACCAUCCCCUCUAGUGAUAGCCUGGACCUGAAUGCAGAAGAAAAGGCAGCCCUGAUUGCCAGUACCAAAUCUCCCAUCUCCUUCCUCAGCAAACUGGGACAAAGCAUCUCUCGGAAGCGCACUCCCAAGGACAAAAAAGAAAAGGAACUGGAUGGUGCAGGAAAGAGGAGAAAAACCAGCCAAUCUGAGGAUGAGGACCUCCCACGAAGCUACAGAGAAGAAAGGCCCACACUGGUGAGUGCCCUGACAGAGAGGAGAAUUGAUGCUGCCAUUGGGAAUCAGAACAAAGUCAAGUCCAUGGCAACCCAGCUACUGGCCAAGUUUGAAGAGAAUGCUCCGGUGCCGUCCUCAAACUUACGGAGACAGCAACCUGUCCUGCCUUAUCAAGAACGUGUUCACAGCCAGCCAUCCAGCAGACGAGAGCAGGGCCGGCUUGCUCCCAUACCCCAGUGGAAACAGAUGAGGCAUAAGGAACGUUCUCGGACCUGCCCCAAAAAAGUGAUCAUGCUUUCUUCUUCCACUCCAUCUUCCUCUCCACCGUAUCCCAGGCAGCAGAGAUUCAGGGAACCUGGUGCCGGCUAUCCCGGGGAGCAGAACCCCAGACAGGAAAGGAGAUCUCCUCGUUUCUUUUCUCAUGACCAAGUGCCCAUGAAUGUUGAGCAAAGGGCAUGUCAGCUGGCUGCCCUCCUGGAGUCACGCCGUGCACUGAGGCAUCAGCCCGAGACCGAGCCGUCUCGCCGAUUCUUUGUUGACCAGUGGGAGCUCUCCCUUAGCCUCCGCUCCUCCAACCGCCCUUCCUCACCCUCAUCCGACUCUCUCCGCCAGAAGUACAUAAAGAUGUACACAGGCGGAGUGAGCUCAUUGGCUGAGCAGAUAGCCAAUCAGCUUCAAAGGAAAGAGCAACCCAAAACCCUUCUAGACAAGAAGGAACUGGGCUCUCUCAAGAAGGAGUUCCCCCAGAACCUGGGAGGCAGUGACGUGUGCUACUUCUGCCGCAAGCGUGUCUACGUGAUGGAGAGGCUCAGUGCUGAGGGCAAGUUCUUCCACCGCAGCUGCUUCAAGUGCGAGUACUGCACCACCACCCUGCGCCUGUCCUCCUACGCCUACGACAUCGAGGAUGGUAAAUUCUACUGUAAACCUCACUACUGUUACCGAGUCUCUGGUUAUGCUCAGAGGAAGAGGCCAGCAGUGGGUCCUCUGUCAGGAAAGGACACCAAAGGACCUCUGCAGGACACCAUGGCCAGCGAAGGGAACGGACGGGCCAACAGCAUCCCCACCUCAGCAGAGAGGGCCCCAGGUUCCAGUGUGAACGGGCUGGAGGAGCCCAGCCUGGCCAAGCGGCUGCGGGGCACUCCCGAGCGCAUCGAGCUGGAGAAUUACCGGCUGUCCCUGCAGCGCGAGGAGGAGCUGGAGGAGGUCCCCGAGGAGACGCUGGCAGAGCACAACCUCAGCAGCGUGCUGGACAAAGGGACAGAGGAGGAUGUGCCCAGCAGUAGUUCAGAAUCUGAGAUGGAGGAGGAAGAUGAGGAGGAGGAUGAUGAACUACUGCUGCCUCAGCAGCCCCCUUCAGACUUGGGUGGUGUUCCAUGGAAAGAAGCCGUGCGUAUCCAUGCCCUCCUGAAGGGAAAGAGUGAAGAAGAGAUUGAGGCUGAGCAAAAUCAUGAGAUUGAGUACAAAUAUGAUGAUGAAGAGGAAUACGAAGAGGAAGAAGAUGAAGAGUCAAGUGAAGAGGGGGAGUAUAACCCUUGGGAGAGAGAGCUGCAGCAAGGCCUCUGGCUUCAACAUCUCUCAGACGAAGAGGACUCGGGUACACCUAAAGCUGGAAACCUUAGGCUGCAGCAGAUUGUAAAUCCGGUGGAUCCUCUGGAGAUCCUGGCAGAUGUGCACUGGACACACAUCCGUGAGAGAGAGGAGGAGGAAAAAAUGGUCUCAGCCUCAAAGUCCUCCACCUCCAGAGCAUCCGACCUUCCCUCCGUACGCCAUGAGGCGGUACAGGCGUGGCUGGAGACGGUCCCUGGAGCUCCAUGUGAGGAGGAGGAUGUGGAGGAUGAGCUGGGCACAGAGCCUGCAGACACAGAAGGGCAGGCAGGUGAAGAGGGAGACACGGGUGCAGAGCUGGACGAUGACGACAUCGCAUCUGAUGCAGAAGCGGAGUUUCGCUUACGCCAGGGUGGUGUAGAAAGGCCAGAACUAAAAGUCUCUGAGGAUGAAGAAGAUGAAGAAGAAGAAGCAGAAGGUGCUUCUAGCAGUGUGACAGAAGAUCCAUGCAAGCCAUCCAUCCCUAUCCAGCCCUCUAGUGACAGUGUUCUCCCCCUGUCUCCAGCUGCUAGUCCCAAAGCAAAACAAGCAGAGGAUGUAGAAGAUCCCCUGGCUGAAGUACGCCGUGCAAUAAAAUCCCCAGAGCCACGCUUUUUUCCUGAGCCUUUCAUUCUUGAGGAAAGACCAAAGGAUGAAAUUCCCAAAGACAGGAAAGUUCAGAGCCCUUUGGUGCCACCAUCUCCAGUGUUGUCCCAGCCAGUGGCAUCACCAGAAGCCAUUGCACCCUCAUCACUAGCAGAGUCUCAGCCAGGAGCACCAGCACUGCCCUCAUCCCCAGCAUCUGCUCAAAUGCCUAUUUGUUCCCAGCCUUUGCCUUCUGCUGAAACAUCCAUUCCAUCCCCAGUGGAGCCUCCAGUAUGUUUCCAACCCGUCCCAGCCUUAACAUCUACUCCUUUAGCCAAAUUGGCCCUUAGGGGCCAGGAUGGUGAGGUGGAAAAACUGGGGAGCCCUACUACUGCAGAAGAAGCCCUGAAACGGAGCAGCCUCGUGGAAGAGUUCUGGAUGAAGAGCGCUGAAAUCCGGAGGAGCUUAGGGCUCACCCCCGUGGACAGAAACAAACGCUCAGAGAGCAACUUCACUGUGUCUGCUCUGGAGACAACUCCUCAGAAGACUUUCAAUAGCAGGAAUAUUUCAGGGGAUGAAAGGAUCCAUCCUGUGAAACCCCAGCCUGCCCCAAGAAGACAGGGACUAUCCAAGUUAGAAAAUGAGCAGAUUUCUCUGCUCACUCCGAAGUCCCCAUCAGAAAGAGAGCUAAAGAUUUCCACUGAAGCACGGGGAGAUGUAUCCAGCAGCUCUGGGCUUGGCCUUCAGGAGAGCUCAUCUAACAUGAGAACUAUGGCUAGCCAGAGCUUCAACACCUCUGACUCCACCAUGCUGACUCCUCCAUCGAGCCCGCCCCCACCGCCUCCUCAGAACGAGGAGCCGGCCACGCUGCGUAGGAAGAGGUACCAGGCGCUCUGGCAGAACGAGGUUGAAGCCAGAUCACCUCCAACGCCAGCAUCAACACCUCCUGUCCUCCGACACCAGGAGCCGGCCCCUCCUGCCAAGGAGUCCCCCCCGGCCAGGAGAGAAGACGUGCGGAAGUCGUUCGCGGAGAGCGUGGAUGAAAUUCCGUUUGCCGAUGAUGUGGAAGACACGUACGACGACAGGACAGAGGACUCAAGCCUUCACGAGAAGUUCUUUACACCUCCCACCAGUAGGCCAAGACCAGAGAAACCACAUCUUUUGCCCUUGGUCAAAGAAAAUGGUGGUCCACCCUCAAUGGAAGGAGGGCUUCACCAAAAGAAGAGAGUGUUCCCUGACAUUUCUGUGGAGGCCAAGGAGCUUGCUGAAGAAAGAAUGAGAGCCAGAGAGAAAUCUGUCAAAAGCCCAGCUCUACGUGAUGCCAUGGCUAAACACUUGUGUAAGAUGAAAGAUAUGGAGAUGGCUGCUGCUACUGGGGCCACGAGGGCACGAAAGGCAUCUUCUAUGCCCUUGAAGACCAAAGAGUUGUUUUAUGACUCUCCAAAGCAUUUGGCCUUGAAAUUAGCCGAGGGAUCCGCACGAAAACAUAAUUCUGCUACUGAGAAGUACUCCACUCCUCCUGCUGAUAUGGCUGGGCCUGAAGGGUCUGUCAGCUCUUCAGAAGGCUCCAGUGGGAAGAGUAAGAAAAGAAGUUCCCUCUUCUCCCCUCGUAAGAACAAAAAGGAGAAGAAGUCCAAAAAUGAUAGCAGGCUUUCUGACAAAUCUAGUGGUGGGACAGAGGAAGCAACAAAGCCGAGGUCGUUAUGGAAGUCUGUUUUCUCUGGCUAUAAGAAAGACAAGAAGAAAAAGGCUGAUGAGAAAUCCUGCCCAAGUACUCCCUCAAGUAAUGCCACCGUGGAUUCUGGCAAGCACAAACCCUCUCCACUGAUUACAGCUGCAGAAAGAAUUGUUACCACUUCUCUAACUUCCCCUUCCUGUUCCCAACUUUAUGAUAUUCUGGAACGCUCCUCCCAGAAAUCCAAACGAGAGUCGAUCUAUGUACCACACGCCUUGGCAUUCAAGAGAUCAUACUCGUCAAAGAGGGCCUACACAGAGGAGGAGCUGAAUGCCAAGCUGACGCGGCGAGUACAGAAAGCUGCCCGCAGACAAGCCAAGCAAGAGGAGCUAAAGAGGUUACACAGAGCUCAGAUUAUCCAGAGGCAGCUGGAACAAGUGGAAGAGAAGCAGAGGCAACUCGAGGAGAGAGGAGUUGCUGUGGAGAAGGCCCUUCGAGGAGAAGCAGACUAUUGGGGAGAGUCUUAUUACAGUGACCUCAUCGACUUGCAUCUGGGUGUUGAGCCCAAUGCCGGGACACCACGUCGUAGACCUCUCUCCUUCUGCCCUUGCUGUGCCCAUGAAGGCAUGGGUAAGAAGGAUGACCCCAAGCUGAUGCAGGAGUGGUUCAAGCUGGUGCAGGAGAAGAAUGCCUUGGUUCGCUACGAGUCUGAACUGAUGAUAUUUGCUCGAGAGCUAGAACUGGAAGACAGGCAGAGUCGACUGCAGCAGGAACUCCGUGAGAGGAUGGCAGUAGAAGAUCACCUGAAGACAGAUGAGGAGCUCUCGGAGGAGAAGAGGAUCCUGAAUGAAAUGCUUGAAGUAGUGGAGCAGAGAGAUUCCCUUGUGGCUCUCCUUGAGGAGCAGCGACUUCGAGAAAAAGAAGAAGACAAGGACCUGGAGGCAGUCAUGCUUUCCAAAGGUUUCAGCUUGAACUGGUCCUGAGCUUAACACAUUUACCUCUGCUGGUCUGUGUUGUCCAGUUGGCCUACCCUGAGUUUGCCAGAAUUACAUGGAUAGGAAGAUGUUGAAGGGGAAACCUCCGAAGGGUCCAACAGCAUGCAGGGAUUUGGUUUGAAGCACUCAGAAGCCUUUUGAUAAGUGUGUUGGUUCCAGAAGCUUAAGUUUUACAUGUCUGCAAGCCAAGCUGAAGAAAUGAGUUGA